AUGAAGUACGCCUUCGCCACCCUCUGCCUUGUUGGCGCAACAUUUGCCAGCGCCAUUGCAGAACCUGCUGCCAACGCCGAGGCGAAACUUGUCCGCAACGGCGGCAAGAAUGGCUUCUGCGGUCCCCGCGGUGUCUCCUGCGCACGAUCUGUCGAUCCCGAAAUCGAGGCUCGCGACGCUGAGCCGAAACUUGUCCGUGGCGGCGGCAAGAAUGGCUUCUGCGGUCCCCGUGGAGUGUCUUGCGCUCGUUCCGUCGCAACUUGCGGAAUUCCCGGAUCUCCCUGCGCUCGUCUGAAGCGUUCCGCCGACGCCGUCGCCGAAGCUUUCGCUCUCGCCGAGGACCACACCAAGCGUGGUGUCUGUGGUGCCCCUGGUGUCGCCUGCCACAAGGCCCGCCGCUCCAUCUUGGAGGUCGGUGAUGCCGUUGAGGAGGCUGUUACCAGCAUCUACGCGCGUGAGGCCGACGCUGAGGCCGGACUUGUCCGCGGUAAGGGCAGGAACGGUUUCUGCGGUCCCCGUGGAGUCUCUUGCGCACGCAGAGUCAAGCGUGAUGCCGUCACCGAGGCACACGCCAACGCUGAGGCGGUCAAGCUCGUUCGUGGAAAGAACGGAUUCUGCGGUCCCCGUGGCGUCUCCUGCGCCAAGACCAAGCGUGAUGCUGAGGCCGGACUUGUCCGUGGUAAGGGCAGGAACGGUUUCUGCGGUCCUCGCGGCGUCUCCUGCGCAAAGGUCAAGCGUGAUGCGGAGGCCGAUGCCGAGGCCGUCKCUGAGGCCGGACUUGUCCGUGGUAAGGGCAGGAACGGUUUCUGCGGUCCCCGUGGUGUCUCCUGCGCCAAGGCGAAGCGUGAUGCUGAGGCCGAUGCUGAGGCCGACGCCGAGGCUAUCAAGCUCGUCCGUCAAGGAAAGGGCUUCUGCGGUCCCCGUGGCGUAUCUUGCGCCAAGGUCAAGCGCGACGAGGAGGACGAUGAAAUCCUCGAGGUUCGCGAUGCCGCUGCCGACCCCGUGAGACUGGUUCGCGGAAAGAACGGUUUCUGUGGUCCCCGAGGUGUCUCCUGCGCCAAGGCCAAGCGUGACGCCGAUGCAGAGGCGGAGGCCAUCUCCGAGGAGCAGGCCAACCUUGCCCGCUCCAUCGAUGCGGCGGAGCCCGAAUUCUUCAAGCGUGUCCGCGAUGCCGACAACGGUGAGGGUACCGCUCUCCGUGAGGCCCACGCCGCAUUCAUGUCCAUCAAGCGUGACGCCGAGGCCAUCACUGAGGACACCACUCCUUUCGAGCUCCUCUCCAUCUGCGAAGACUACGACUGUGACGAGGAAACCGUCUCUACCAUUGCCGCCCGCGCCAUGGGUCAGUUCGACGAGCGUGAGGCCGAGGCAUGCAACGCACCCGGUGGUGCUUGCGACAUUGCCAAGCGCCAGCUUGCCGACAUUGAGGCCAAGCUCACUGCUGCUGUUGAGGCUCUCUAA